AUGUCCAGCUCUACGCCACUCGAGCAACCAAGCGUUGCAGCGACAACAGCGUCCGAUCAGGGCGAAAGAGAAAAAGCCAAACCUCUGCUGUGCAUUGACGAGCUCCUCUACGAUGAGUCGCAAAGUAUUGAGAAUACGGAAACGGGACUGUUGGCGUUUGGAGCCAAGCAGCUGAGAACAGCUUGCUACUGCCGCCAGCUUCGCAUCGUCAAGUCAGGCGCUGAAUGCAAUGACAAAAAGUUGGGCUACGUGGCGCUGCUCAUGAAGCUCAAGCGAGCGUAUGCAGAAAUGCAGGAGCUACAUGUAGAAGCAAGGGCUGCUGGCAUCAGUGACCGGAAAACUUCUGAAGCGUGCCAGACUAAACACUAUGUGAGCGCUCCUCAGUGA